ACUGAAGGUUGUUUGUGAUUCGAGGCCGUCUCGGCGGGACCGUGUCUCCCGGUCCCCGGCAGGGCUUUCAUCCCCCGUCCCCGGGUGGUUUUUCCUUGAGCCGGUUUGUCGCGCUGCCCGACGAUGCAGAGUACCGGAGAAGGACCAGGUGAAGAAGCAAAGAUGAACAAAUCCUGCCGUUUACCCACUGACUUAACUGAAUGGACCAAAGAGCAUGUGAAAUCCUGGGUGACUGGUGGGCUGAAACUGGAUCAACAGUGUGGUGAGAUAUUGUACAAUGAAGAUGUUACUGGAGUGGUAUUGGAAGGACUUACUAAAGCAGACAUAAAUGGAAUGGGCAUAAAGACUGGACCAGCAGCUCUGAUAAUAAAUAAGCGUGAUGAAUUCAUCAAACGUUCAAAGAGUUCCACAAAGCAAACAACUGCUGAAAGAUCCCAUUGCAAAGGAUCAAAUGCUUCGGAUUCUGAAGCACCUGAGUUACACAAUGCAGAAGAUCAGAGGAGUAAAUCGGCUUCCUCGGAUCUCAACAAGAACCCCUCAACACAGAAACACAGUACAAAGAGAAGGACAGGAGAUCAAGUCACACAACCCAACUCAAGCCCCACAAAGUCAGAGGAAAGUGAGACAAACGGACAAGAGACCAUUGUUGCUGUUGCAAAGACAGAGUCCACCUCAGAAUCUGAGGCAAGAAAAAACAAACAGCAGUUUGAAGAAAAUGCCUCAAAACCAAGAUGCGAGCCAUAUCCAUUUGACCAGCACCACAUAGGUUCAAGGUAUAUACAGAACUAUGUCCUUCCUCCCGAAACAGGACCCUCCAAUCUACUAGACCCAGUGCAUGAGUUUAAGCUUUUUAAUGUCCCUGAGAAUGAAACGAGGGCAGACGUGAUAGAAGAUAUGAUGAAGAAGUUCAGUAAUGAAGUUUUCAGGUUCUCAGCAGCAUGUCUUAACAGCAGAACAAAUGGGACCAUCCAUUUUGGGGUAGGAGACACAAAAAGUGGAUACAAACAUGGAGAGAUUAUUGGUGUGUUUCUGGAGGACACUGGCAAGUAUGUUGAUUGUUUGUGUAACAGCUUUUCUACUUACUUUGAUGAGGAAGAUGUUGCAGAUGCAAAACUCUGCAUUCGACCGCCCCGAUUCGUGGAGGUUUUGAACUCAGAUCAAACACUGUCACAAAGAUUUGUAAUUGAAGUUGACAUUGUGCCAAGCUCUGACAUUUGUGACUCUAAGUUGUAUUAUAUCCACCUGCUGAAUAAAAAGGGCAAGAAGUGGAUGAAGGCUAAGGAGAAGCAGUUGUUCAUACGUGAUGGAACCAGUUCCAGAGAUAUUCUGGGAAAUCAAAACAUCAUAGAUAGAGAUGCAGAGCACAAAAGAUUUCUCACUGAGACUUUAGAGGGCUUGGUCAAGAUGCGACGAAAGGCUGAAUUAAAACCACGAAGAGUGACAAAGACACAAGAAGGAUACAAUCUGACCCGGAUGAUUACAGGUGGCUCAGACAUGAUUGACUCUUCUGAUUACCUGUGGUACAUUUUGGUGACGAAUAAAGCGCAGCAGAAUCAAAUUCAACAUUUAGAGUUCCUGAACGAAUUGAACUGGUUUUGUGUGUUGGAAUUUGACCCUGAGUCUGUAAGCAGUGGGCUAUGUCAUUCUUUUCAUAAAGAGAGAACAGCAAAUCUUCACUUCCCGGGACAGUUCCAGGAUAUUGGUACAUCAAUUAUUGAAAACAUUGAGAAAUUAAAAUUGUACAAACAACCAAGCUGGAUAUUCUGCAAUGGAAGAUCAGAUUUUGAAGGCCAAGAAUACAAGCCACUGCAACCCAAGCAGUGGUAUAAAGAACGAGCUGCUGAUGUCAGGAGGCUGGUUUCAUUCCUGUGCCGACCAGACAUCAUGCCUAAAGGGAAAUUUCUGGUAGUGUUUUUGCUGCUGGCUAAAGUAGAUGAUCAGAGAGAUCCCCUUCUUGAAACCUUCUGUUCAUUUUACCAGGAACUGGGAGGGGUCGAAGACAUCAUGUGCAUCUGUGGAAAUGAGCAGACUUUCUUGCGUUGGAAGGAUCUUAUGCAAUGCAGGUGUGAUUCAGAGGAAGUUACCCGGAGAUGUGUUUCUGCAUUAAGCCUGGCAGAAGUCAAUGACACUAUUCUGAAGAUAAAAUCAGUCACUCGGUCCACAAGGCGAUUCUUGCCCUCAGCAUCUUCCUCAUCUAUUGUUCUUAAGAAGAAAGAUGAGGAAUUUAUGACAGCACUUGAAAUUUUGUGCGAAAAUGAAUGCGAGGAUACUGACAUAGAAAAGGAUCAAAAUAAGUUUAAGGAAUUUCAAAAAUCCAAGGAUGAACAGUUUUACAGAGGUGGUAAAGCAUCAUGGUGGAAUUUUUACUUUUCCACAAAAGUUCCCUUUAUUAAACGGCAAGGCUACGACCAUCUUGUUGAGUUAAUUAAUGUAAAAUCAUCUUCUGCAACGUGUGCGAUUAUCAGUUUGUUUCAUCAUCCAGGCUGUGGUGGGACAACUUUGGCCAUGCAUGUUUUAUGGGAUUUAAGGAAAAAGUUUAGAUGUGCUGUGUUGAGGAGCAAUAAAGAAGAUUCCUUAGAAAUUGGAAGACAAAUUGUUGAGUUGGUGACCUAUGGGACUUCCUGUCAUCCUGUCAUAGUUUUGGUAGAUGACUUUGAAGAAUUUGAAAAUGUUCGUGUGUUACAGAACUCAAUUCAAAAUGCUGUUGCUGAGAAAGGACUCCAAUUUGAUACACCAUUGGUAAUUAUUUUGAACUGCAUGAGGUCACAGGAUCCAGUCAGGAGUUCAAAGAUGAUGGUGUUGGAAAGUAUUGUGUUGAAGCAUCAACUGACUGAUGCUGAGCAGCAUUCAUUUGAGUCAAAACUUAAGGAAAUUGAAGAGCAACACACAAAACCUGAAGAUUUCUACUCAUUCAUGAUCAUGAAGAGUAAUUUUGAUAAAAAGUACAUUGAAAAUGUAGUCCAUAAUUUAUUGAAGGAUUUGGAUAUUGCAAGCAAGCAAGCACAGCUGAUCUCAUUCCUAGCUUUACUGAACUGGUAUGUUAAAGAUUCCUCCAUAUCAGUUUCAAAAUGUGAAGAAUUCUUGGGAUUAGGACAAGUGAGAACUACAUUUUGGGGUCCUGAGAAGCUUGAAGACUUAAUAGGCCCUUACAAUGCUCUGCUUAUCCGCAUGGAAGUGGAAGAGUAUGGGAGGUACCAGGGAAUUCGGAUCAUCCAUCCACUGAUUGCAAGUGGCUGCCUAGAAGAACUUAAACAAUCUUACAAUCUUCUCAAGAGUGACAUUGUCUUGGCACUUCUCACUGAUAACAUUUUUCUCCGAUGUGGUAUUGGAAGAGAAAAACUCCUACAAGACAUGUACAGUAUGUUACUUACCAGACAGCGGAAGGAACACGGAGAUGAGGCCAAUACUCUGUUCUCUCCUUUAAUUGAAGCAGUACAGAAUGAGGAAGGAAGUGAUAAAGUCAUAAAUAUUUUGAUUGAUGCUUCAAACAAGUUUGACCAAAAUCCUUUCAUUUCACAGGCCUUGGCAAGACACUUCUAUCUGGUUAGAAAAGAUUUUGAUUCAGCACUCACAUGGGCUUUAAAGGCUAAAGAUUGGGCAAAAGACAAUUCCUACAUAAGAGAUACACUGGGUCAAGUUUUCAAAAGCAAAUUAAAAUACAAGUUGGAGUCGGUUGAACUUGACAAAACAACGGUGGUGACUCCCACCCAACUGAAGGAGUUCCUGGAUCUUGCACAAUCUGCAUCAGAAGCUUUCAAACAAUCACAGCAACUGACAGAACAGAAAGAAGUAAGAGCUGACUGGCAUGAAUGGAGGACCAGAUCAAAACCUGACGUGUACAAUACCUCUGGAUAUCUGGGAGAGAUUGAAGUUGCUCUGUACGUUAUAGAUAUUGUCAGAAUGGUCCCUUUCUUCAGUGAGAAGGAAGAAAUAAAUGCAGAGGAUUUAGCAUCUUUCCUGUCAGGUAACAUGAAUCUUCAGCAUAUUGAAAAGACAAAUAAUAUUGAUGAAGAAUUGUGUUUAAUACUUGAUGAAUAUAAUCGAUAUCUCAUUAAUAUUAAAACAUCCAUGAAGACAGCUUUUGACUUCUUUGAAGACUACUUUGUCCAUUUCAAAACAAAGAACAUUGAGAGAGAAGCUGCUGAAGUUAAGGUUCGCAGAAAAGUUUCAGAUUGUUUUAAUAAAUACUGCAGAGUAUUUUGUCAGUCACAGAAAGAAACUAUCUCAGCAAAGAAAAUGAAUCCAAAACUCAGCCUAUCAUUAGAGUUGGAGGAACACAAGAAGUUCUUGGAGCUCCACAAAGCAGACCGGUUUGCCAGUUUGCUUGAGUUCCUGACAAAUAGUUCUGAAACUGGGGAUAAAGUGGAAAAAAUUGUCAAUAGUUACCAAUUUAUCCUCAAGAAUAAAACAGCAAGAUUACCUAAGCAGAAACAGAACUUUAUCUUGGCCAACAUUGUGCUUAACUGUGUUAAAGCAAAGUCAAAGAACAUUGAAUCUUACGCUAAACUUCGAGAUCUUUUGAAGGAAGUGCUGCGUGAUGUGGAGUUCAACUGUGGUUACGUUGAACCGUAUUUCUUGGGUUCCCUGUUAUUCUGGCCAACAAAAGGAAAUGAAACUGAAGAAGAUUGCAGACUUCUUCUGAAAUGCAUAACAGCAAUCCGUCAGUCAUUCAGAGGGUGCUACAGACGAAUGAGUCAUUCCAAACAUCCUGUUGCACACUUCUAUCUCUGCAAAGAACAAGGUUUGAGGAGAUUCGCACACAAAGCAAAAAUUGAUCAAAUUUUUGGAAAGGUGCCAAACCUCAAUUCCUUAUGGCAAUCUGGAGAAAUCUGGAAGGAAAAUGAAGUCAAAAGACUUCUUGUCCGCAUGAAGGGCAGAACAGGGGGGGAUAACAAGGUGUACGCAGAGUUUGGCAGUGUCAAAAUUCCUGUGAGACCAGUAUAUUUGGGCAAGCUGAGAAGUGGUCUAAGCAUUGAGAAUGUAUCCUUCUACUUGGGGUUCUCUAUGGAUGGACCAAUUGCAUAUGACAUUGAGACUACAAUUUAAGUGUUACAGAUAUGGGCUCUGAGGUAACACUGAUACACAGCUUUGUACAUAACUUUCCAUCAGAUUUCAAAAUAGAACACAGACAGAAAUUUACAGAACAACACCGGGCCUUCAGACUAUGAUAUUGUGCCAACCUUCUAAGACCCUAAGACAUAGGAGCAGAAUUAGACCAUUCAGCCCAUUGAGUCUGCUCCCCCAUUCCAUCAUGGCUGAUCCCAGAUCCCACUCAACCCCAUACACCUGCCCUCUCGCCGUAUUCUGUGAUGCCCUGACCAAUCAGGAAACUAUCAACUUCUGCCUUAAAUAUACCCACAAACUUGGCCUCCACCGCAGUCUGUGGCAGAGCAUUCCACAGAUUCACUACUCUCUGGCUAAAAAAAAAUUCCACCUUAUCUCUGUUCUAAAAGGUCAGCCCUCAAUUUUGAGGCUGUGCCCUCAAGUUCUGGAUACCCCCAGCAUGGGAAACAUCCUCUCCACAUCCACCUUAUCUAGUCCUUUCAACACUCAGUAGUUUUCAAUGAGAUCCCCCACAUCUUUCUAAAUUCCAGUGAGUACAGGCCCAAAGCUGCCAAACACGCCACAUGUGUUAACCCCUUCAUUCCCAGAAUCAUCCUUGUGAGCCUCCCUGGGCUCUCUCCAAUGACAACACUUCCUUUCUGAGAUAUGGAGCCCAAAACUCCAAGUGCAGUCUGACUAGUGGCUUAUAAAGGCUCAGCAUUAUCUCCUGGCUGAGCCUGCUCUGAAGUCAAUCUAACCUCUCCCUCCUGCACAAUCCUCUAUUUUUCUAUCAUCCAUGCCUACCUAAAAGUUUUUUAUAUGCCUCUAAUGUAUCUGCCUCUACCACCACCACAUUCCACACCUACCACUCUCUGUGUAAAGAAACUUACUUUUGAUACCUUCCCCCAUACUUUCCUCCAAACUCUUAAAAUUAUGCCCCUUGUAUUUACCAUUUCCACCCCAGCAAGAACUCUCUGGCUGCUCACACAAUCUAUUCCUUUUACCAUCUUAUACCUUACAUCUAUACCUUAUAUCUUACACCUGUAUCAAGUCACACUCAUCCUCCUCCUCUCCAAAGAGAAAAGCUCUAACUCGCUCAAACUAUCCUGAUCAGACUUGCUCUCUAACCCAGGCAGCAUCUGCGCCCUCUUUAAAGCUACCACAUCUUUCCUAUAAUGAGGCAAGUAGAAAUAAACACAAUACUCGAAGUCCGCUCUAGCCAGGGUCUUUUGUAAUUUAUUUUAGGGUCAUAAGACCAUCUUAUGAAGGGGCUGAGCUACCACAGCCAUCCAUGGCAAUGAAUUCCACAAAAUCAUCACCCUCUGCCUAAAGAAAAUCUUCCUCCUGUCUUCUAAAGAGAUGUCCUUCUAUUCAGAGGCUGUGCCCUCUGGUCCUAGACUCAUCCACUAUAGAAAAUGCCCUCUUCACAUACUCUCUAUCUAGGUCUUUAAAUAUUUGAUAGUUUUCAAUGAGAUCCUCCCUCAUUCUUCCAAACUCCAGGGAGUACAAGCCCAGAGUCAUCAAACGCUCCUCAGACUUAACACUCUCAGUCAUUGGGUCAGUGUCAUAAACCUCCUCUGGACCCUCUCCAGUACCAACAUCCUUCCUUUGAUAAGGGGCCCAAAACUGCUCACAAUACUCCAAGUACAAUGAUGAUCACUCAUCUCUUCAGAUCACUUCAGGUUUUAAAGAGAAAAAGCAUUUGACAAAUAUGUGUACAUCUCUUUACCACUUCAUCUAAUGCAAAGCCCAAAAUAUUAGCCUGUAUUUUCAGCAUCUGUAUUUUAUUUCCUCGAUUCUGUUUUGUUAAUUCUACUCUUUGUUAAAUACCAGCAGAAUAAUCCUCUGCUUCAGUGAGAUUUUCUGAGCAGCAUUACCCUUUUUUAUUGACAGUGGAAGGCAUUCUUCAAGUUCCAAAGCACAAAGCAUCAAGGCUAACUACGUUUACAUGGCACGCAGGCUCCAAUAUCGAAUUGGGGAUUACAGGUGCCCCCCGCUUUACAAACAUUCACUUUACGCCACCUCGCUUUUACAAAAGACCUACAUUGGUAACCUGUUUUUGCAUUACAAGAGGAUUUUCGCUUUUACAAAAAUUUUUCCCAUAUAAAUUAAUGGUUCUUUGCUUAAUGCCAUUUCGGCUUAAGAAAGGUUUCAUAGGAACGCUCCACCUUUGGUAAGGGGGGUGGGGAACACCUGUACCAGUAACCUGUUUUGGUUCUUUAAGGCUGUCAUAGCCGGGGUGGGGAUAAAUUCCCACUAUCUAUUAAAUGUUCCCAAUGGUGUGCGUCUCAAAUAGCCUCUGACAACCAAGUCCAGCUCCUCACCCUUCACACGUGGCCUAGCUAUUGAGCCCGGCGGCAUUGUUUUGAUUGAUAGUAGGAGGGGCAAAAGCAGGUUACGAGUGCCUUCAAACCGGUUGAUUUGGCAAAGUGGGCUCAUCAGCCGCGGUUGGCAGCUCAUCUAGGAGAAGGAAAACUCUGAUCUCAAACGUGCACUGCCUUGCAGCUGUACCCACUCGUGGGAAAGGCUUCAGGAUUAAAUCCAGAAGAAAGUUCCAGAGCUGGAGUUCCUAAGACAGUCCUACAUUGAGUUCAGACAACUGCUACGAUACCACCGGUGCCAAACACUGUCGAUCUCUGGUGUUCCUUUGGAUUCACCAGCUGUGUGGAGAUGAGGUCUGUUACAUGGACAGCAGCUUGCUCUCCAUAUCGUAUUGCCCUGGUUUACAUAUCAUGUAGACAGCUGAGACGCAGUACCUAUGGUUAACCCGGACCAAUGGAGGUCCCAGUAAUAUCAGCCUGACUUAAAGCCUGCAUUGGGCUCCCAGUGCACAAUUACUUUGACUAAUUUCUGUGGUAGGAAGAGCUUGUGGGGUCAGAAUCAGGUUUAAUAUCACUGAUGAAUGUCAUGAACCUUGCACAGUAAAAUGCAUAAACAUUCUGUUGCAAUAAGAAAUGCAAAAAGAAGGGACAAUAAUGAGUAAAUGUUCAUGGGUUCAAGGACCAUUGAGAAAUCUGAUGGCAGCGGAGAAGUGUUUCCUGAAUGAUUGAGUGUGGGUCCUCAGGUUCCGGUACCUCCUCCCUGAUGGUAGCAAUGAGAAGAGUUGGACUCACCCUCCUCCCUGUCCCUACUGUCAUGAGCAGAUUCUUCCCAAUGCCCUGUUUUCCACCAUAAGAAAUCAUCCUGUUCAGUGCUCCUGGUGCUAAAAUUCUGCCACUGCAUAUUUGGUGAAUGCUGGGACCAAGAUGUAUCUAAAGAACUUUGUGCACAAUCCAGUACUUUUGUAGAGACGAUAUUAUCUGCCUCUAUUCCUGAUAUUUCGAAUAUACUUUUGAUAACUUCUUUUAUAAACAAAGCUUAUGCAACUUAUUGGACUCUGUGAUUUGUCUUUUUAAUAAAUGCAUUAUU